AUGCUCUGGGCAGUCUCAGACCUGAUUAUGGACAUUAACGGCAGCUAUAUAAGCAAUGUCCGUUGGCACACCAGAGAGGGAACCCUGCAAGAACUCCACACCCCUAUGAUGAGAGCUGGCUCUUUGCAUGCCCAGCUCCUUCAGAUUGUCCACUAUCCCACCGCAAGCGCUCGGCCCACUGCGGCCACCUCUCUGCAGCACAAUGGCACCAACUGCGGGGAGCAGAUUCUUCGCUAUGGCGACACCGAGAAGGUGAUCAUCGGGGCCAUCCUGUCCAUAAUCACCUUGCUCACCGUCUCCGGUAACUGCCUGGUCAUGAUCUCGGUGUGUUUCGUCAAGAAACUCCGUCAGCCCUCCAACUACCUGAUCGUGUCUCUCGCUCUGGCUGACCUGUCCGUGGCUCUGGCCGUGAUGCCCUUUGUCAUCGUCACCGACCUGAUAGGCGGCCAGUGGAUAUUUGGACAGGUCUUUUGCAAUGUCUUCAUCGCGAUGGACGUGAUGUGCUGCACCGCUUCGAUCAUGACUCUGUGUGUCAUAAGUAUAGACAGGUAUUUAGGAAUAACAAGACCAUUGACAUAUCCGGUCAGACAGAAUGGGAAAGGCAUGGCUAAAAUGAUCCUGUGUGUGUGGCUCCUGGCUGCAUCCAUUACACUACCACCUCUGUUUGGCUGGGCCAAAAAUAUCAAUGAUGGCAAGGUAUGCCUGAUCAGCCAAGAUUUUGGUUACACUAUUUAUUCUACUGCAGUGGCAUUCUAUAUCCCAAUGUCGGUCAUGCUUCUGAUGUACCAUCAGAUUUUCAAGGCUGCCAAGAAGAGCGCUGCCAAACAUACGUUUGCAGGAUUCCCUCGGCCGGGUGACAAGCGCAUGAGUGAGGCUGCUAAAAUAGGAGUGAAACCACGCAAAGAGUCAGAGGAAUGUGCCCACUUUGCCCGACUUUUGAAAAAUGACAGGAAGAACAUGUCAAUCUUCAAAAGGGAGCAGAAAGCUGCGACAACCCUUGGCAUUGUAGUUGGGGCAUUCACUGUGUGCUGGCUGCCAUUUUUCAUACUUUCGACUGCAAGACCUUUCAUCUGUGGCACUGAAUGCAGCUGUAUACCCCUUUGGUUGGAAAGAACAAUCAUGUGGUUUGGCUACACAAAUUCUCUGCUAAACCCAUUCAUUUAUGCAUUAUUCAACAGAGAUCUGCGGACAACCUACCACAACUUGUUGCGGUGCAGGUACAGGAAUAUUAACCGUAAACUCUCUGCAGCAGGGAUGCACGAAGCUCUCAAGAUGGCAGAGAGGCCAGAACUGGUACUGUAA